AUGUCACAACAACAAAGUGAAGAAUAUAAUAAAAAAAUCUUUAUCAAAAAACCAAUACUUGGAAAAAUCAAUAAAUUUAAAUCAGGUGAAGAAAAACUUAUAUGGUCUGCGUACACACACUGGAAAGAUAGUAACAAAAAAAUAUGGUCCGAAUUACUUGAUUAUUAUUUUAAGUUAGAUUUCCUAGAUAAAGCUAUCAUUAUGUUAAAUGAUUUUAAACAAAUCCAACAGAAACCUGGAAAAUUGACCAUUCUUGAUUUUUUUAAAGAGAGAAUUUCAUUAGGUUUAAUUCCUAGUAAUUCAAUUUGUAAUGAGGCAAUAUAUAAAUCUUCCAAUACACAAGAAAUGAUGAGUUUGUAUAAAUUAUUAAAGAGUUGUAAUUGUGAAUUCAAAAGGAAAGUUUAUGAUUUGAUGUUACAAGUUACUUUAAAAGAAAAAGAGAUACAACUUUUAGAUAUAUUUUAUAGAGAUUUUAUCAAACUUGACACGGAAGAAUUGAAUCAAGAUGCAAAAAAUUACUUGCAAGUUAUUGAAAAUACAUUCAUAGAAAACAAACCCAAACAAGCUAUUAAUAAAUUUAUGGAAAUAUCUUCAUUAAAUAUUCAAUCUCAUCCAGUUAUCAUCUUGACAAUAUUUCAAGGUUUAUUUGGAUAUCAAGAGUUUGAAAUGGCUUAUGAAUUUUUUGUAAAGAUAAAAGAAAAAGAUAUAAAAAUUACUUUAGAACUUGGAAAUUAUUUAUGUAUGGCAUUUCUUUAUAAUAAUUAUUUACGUUAUGUAGAAAAGAUCAUUCAUAAUAUGAUAACUACUAAAGUUGUACCUAGUAAUUUCGUGUUCGAAGAAUUGGCACGUGUUUAUUUGUCUAAAGGAUUAAUUGACAGUGCUGAAAUGAUGAUUAAAUAUUUAAAAUCAAAAAAUGGUUCAUAUACAAUAUUUCUUAAUCAGUUGGUUGAUCAUUAUAUUAAAUUGAAAAAAUUCAAAAGUCUUGAAAAAUGGGUUGGUGAAUUAGAAAUGGCACCUCCAUCACUUAAAACACGUAGUAAAUGCAUAAAUGAUACUAUUUUACUCAAUGUCUAUGGAGUAUUGUGCAAAGAAAUGGAAUUUUAUCGACUUUGGACUAAAAUGAAAAAUGAAUAUGAAAUGGAAGAUUUAGGUGCUGGAAUUUCAUUAGUAAUUGAUCAUCUUGGAUUUUCUGGAGAUAUUCAUAAAUUAAAACAUGAAUGGAAAACUCUUUGUUCUAAUCCACAGAUUAAACUUAAUUUAAAUCAUUAUAAUUCUUAUAUUGAAGCACUUUGUCGAUGUAAAGAAUUUGAUCAAGCUGCAUAUGUUUUUUUGAUAGAUUUUAUAAAGAAAAACAUUGUUCCUGGUUUACGAACUUUAUUAGCCAUAAUUCCUCCACUUAGAAAUGCUAAUAAGAAACUCAUUGAAUCAAAUCUUUUGAAAUUUGUAGAAGAAAAUUGGCCUGAAACGUACAAAGAAUUUCAAGAAUUUGACAUUUGUGAAUUGAAUUUAAAAAAUAGGAAAUUCCAUAAAUUUGGUUGA